AUGGCCUCGUACGAUGCCUCGUCUCCCUUAGGAGACGGCGGAGAGUCAAAGGCCCCAUCGGAUCAUCAGCUGUUGGACCCGGACCAGGCGCACCGUAAUGUUCCUUGGUACCGCGAUAGGCAUGCAGACUUCGAACACCCAUCUGCAUAUUAUCCACAGGGACAAGUACAACCCUCCGGGAAUCCUGGAUUCCUGCACACCCCGCCCGCUACGGUUGGUACGCCAAGUGCCUAUCAACCAAGCGAAAUUAGCUGUGAUUACGAUGAUGAGCAUGAGGCCGACCAAUCUGGGUCACAUUCUCGGCAUGAAUCACGAGACAGUCUGGCACCACCCAGCCGUUCAUCAAGCUGGGGCAGAAAGCAUCGGCGAAGUCAGCAGCAGAUGCCGAGUCUGAACACUGCAGUUGGUGGGCCUCAAAUAGCCACCACGCAGUUGCCUCGGAUCGGUUUCGGCUUACCACCGCCCCGUAAUAUAUUACGCCGACCAAGAAGUAACACUGAUAACUCACAAGAAUCAUCCCACGGCUCAGACUCAAGUCUGGCAUUUGCAGAAAGUCCAAAAAGGGAGAGCGGUCCGCUGGUCGAUGAAAAUCACAGACAGUUCGAGUUAUCACCAAAUUCCAAAGGUGGCUUUUGGCCAAAUGACGAAGAUUCGCUAAUGAACUCCUACCCAUUAGCUCAUCAAAGUCCACUUAUCACGAUCUCUGUCUGGGGUAAAGACGGUGAAGAGCCCUUGUCGACAGACUUACCCUCCUUUGACUUCCCGCGUACUCCGGAUACCAGCCUUCCGGUCACGUUGAAACCGUCUGAAGCCUUUCCUCCGCACGUAAAAGCGUGGCAUGACGAACAAAGCGCUCUACACCAGAUGGGGAAACACCAGGAGUGGGGGAGAUAUAUGGACAUCGAGACAUGGAUUUCGCAAGUGCCGGACCUGGGCUAUAUUGGUUCCAGCUGGCACGAGUCUAACUCACCACAGAUUCCCCAGUAUGAUGAUGAUGACAACAUUAGGACCGAGCCAGUUCCUACUGAACGAAAAACAAAGAAUCGUCAAAUCGAGUCACAAUUAUAUUACAACUUCCGUGGUGGCAGAAUCACUGAUACAGACCUGUAUCUCAUGGGAGAGUAUAGGGUAUGGGAGAACCCUCCCAUAUUACUUCCCAUUGUUCAGUCCCCUUGGGCUCGUAUGCAGCCUGCAACCUCACAGGCAGCCAUAGAGAGAUUCAACAGAAUGGACCAUGACAAUGGAUCUAUUGUUUCGCAUUGCGCAUCCUGGGGUACACAACCAGAAAGCCUGCCGUCUGUUGCGAACGAAGACCAAAUUAUAGCUGGUAACUUCUUGCAGAGAACCUCUCUACCAGAAUCUCAUUCAUCUCCAAGGAAUCUCACAGAUGAAGAAAUUCAGCAGUUGAGACAGUGCCUUCCUCACCCUCGAGUUGCUAGCAAUAUCUCAGAUGUCUUCGGCCUACCAUCCUCCGAAAAUAAGAUUGGACAGGCGGAGAAGUUGCUCAGAGGUCUUUUCGAGAUCUUUAGCGAACCAUGUGCUAUAGUUGGACAAGAGGACUCUGAGAGCUAUCUCGCCGAUGUUGAAACACAAUUAACAAAGCUAGAGGCUCUGCUCAAGACUCGGCUUGGCGUCUACAACCCCUCGCAGUCGUCAGUUCUGCAACUAUAUGGCAGCAUGGUAAAACGCGAGCCAGAUUUAAUUUCCGCAAAGAACGGAAAUGUGGGAAGUGUUACACCGAGUGCUAGCCUCAGCAUCAGCCCAUGCCCAACGUGUGGAAGUAGAACUACCCUCAACAAUGGCCGGAGGCAAGAUGCUGCGUUCGAUGUCAAGAAUGAGAAUAAUACUAACGCGGGCAAGGAUAUUUUUGAUGACAAAAUACCCGAUAUAAUUCAACCUACACUGCGGGGGCGUCUUGGUGUCGAUUGCCCGGAUGCUCCCCAAUUUGUUGAUGAGGGCGUCCAGGUGGACUUACCAGAAGUCUACAAAUCAGAGUCUCAAGGAUAUCACGCCGUCAACUCAACAAGUUUGCCUCAUUUCGUGGAUGAAGGAGUACAGGUAGACUUCUCAGAAGAUGAGAAGACAAGAUAUCGAAGCAGAACCAGUGAUGUCUCGUCCGCUUCAAGCGCAUCAGGCACGACAAAUAUAACACGGCAUAUCGAAAGCUCUGUUGUACCCGACACAAAGUUAGAGUAUCAACUACUCGAUAUUCAGUCCAAUGUCCAACUUAGGCAAGUUGGCCUCGUCAACGUCCAAAUUAUGCUUGUGUCCCUGUCGCCACACUGUAAAACUGCCUCUCAACCCGACGACUCGGCCGGGAUUGACUCUGACGAAUCCCAACUAGAUGAGAGCGAUCAAACUGACGCAGAAGAGGUGGCACCUAACGAUGUGGAACACAUGGAAGAUAUGCACACGGCGAGUGGAUCCUCCGGUGUUGGCUUCGCAGGAUCUAUCUCUUCUAGUUCCAACACUGGCGACGUUCAGGGUCAACGGCCCAAGGGGAAACGAAGUGGAGACGGCGAGGACGGAGAGAACAGGAACAAUAAACGCAGGCGCAUGCUCCCUCUCCCAUGUGACAAGCCGAAAUUACCACGUCUGGCGUGUCCGUAUCAGGCAUAUGAGAGGUUUCAGAGCUGCCUACGUCGAGGCGGAUCCAAUCGUGAGGGCGGUUGCGCCGGUAUAAGCCGAUUGAAGCAGCAUUUGAGCCGGAGACACAUGCUCUCGUAUCGAUGUCAGAGGUGCUGGCGAUCAUUCGAUACGAGAGGCGAUGUGAGCAACCAUGCGACACAACAGCCACCCUGCGAUGCGAGACCUAAAGGGUGGGAGGAGCGGUUCAUGAACAUCGACCAGGAGGGCGAAGUGGAGAGAAUCGGGCGCAACAUGUCCGAGCAGGAUGCCUGGUGGAGUCUAUUCAGUCUCCUCGUUCCUGGCAUGCAGAACCGUGACCUACCGUCAUUGAUGACACAGUAUUCGCCGUUCUACGUCUACUAUCACUCCAACUUUAUGAUCCCAGCUAUUUCCUUUUCACAGCUACCAGGCCAAUUAACGCAGCGGGGCCAACUCAGCGAGGAGGGGUAUACAACUGAUAGUUCUGAACUGCCUUAUCAAUGGCCGGUGGAUCAGAGCUCGUCGUUGCAACCCAAUACGGGCUUUGCCAUUCCCUCGCCAGCACCCUCUGUACAGAGCUUCCCCAUGCCUCUGCUCGAGCUGAUGGGCGAGCCAACGGUCGAUCUAGAUUCAUCACUGUUCAUAACACCCUCCUCGAGCGGGGCCACUCAAUCAAGUUUCAAUUGCACAACGUCGCCAGGGUCCGUACCUCCGGCGUACAUGUCGAUCGAUAGUCCCGCACCCUUCGACCGAAGUAACAUUCAACGUAACUAUGAUCGGCUCAAGACGAGAAGCGUACAGACAGAAAAGCUCAACGCAGAUUUCCGUGAGGCGAAUCGUGCGAACAGGACUGACAUUGAUCGGGUAGAUACUAUAUUGGAGGACGUGCUCACAAUUGAGGAGCUUCCGGAUCUCAUAUUUGAGAGAAUCUCUCAGGUAUCAGAUAUAUUGUCAGUGAUCAAGGGGAGACUCCGAUAA